AUGCCGUCGGACGUCGCCCCCGGUGAGUUUUCUUGUUUCGCUCCUCCUCAAACUGAACUGUUUUGCAGAAAGAGACCUCCAGGGUCGUUUUCGGGCUUUGCGGCAAAUCGGCGAAGGCACGUACGGCGUCGUUUUCAAAGCGAUCCACGUACGGGACAACAUCAAAUGUGCUCUCAAAAUGAUCAGAACAGACAGAGACGAGGAAGGCAUUCCAAGCACUUGUCUCCGCGAAAUUUCGUGCAUAAAAGAUUUACAGCAUGAUAACAUUGUCACUCUAUUCGAUAUCAUCUACGCAAGUGAGUACUUUCGCCCUAAGUUAAUCUCAAAAAGUUUUGAGGCUACAAUGUAAUAGAACUUGCACGGAAGAGAGCUGUUACGAUAUAUCUAGAACUCGUAGUUGUUUUUUAACGUUGCGAGUUCUGUAUCGUAACAGUUCUUUUCCGUGCGAGUUCUAUUACGUUGUAGCCUCAAUGUUUUCCUUUUCCAGACAGAAAACUGUAUAUGGUAUUUGAAUUUAUUGAUCGAGAUCUCAAAAAUUUGCUGGAAAUCGUCGAACCGCACGGAGUUCUGCCUUCAAACUAUGUCAAAGUGAGUCGCUCGUUUCCAGAAAUAGAGAAAAAAGAUUAUUCGAUGCAGUCGUUCAUGUGGCAAUUACUCUCCGCACUGUCCUAUUGUCAUCUUCGGAGAAUAGUUCAUCGGGAUCUGAAACCACAGAAUAUCCUUGUGUCAGACGCAGGAGUUGUCAAGAUAGCAGAUUUCGGGCUAGCCAGGUUCGUGGCCAACAGAUUGCUUUAGUAGUAUCUCAUUUUUCAUUAUUCUUUCAGAAGUUUCUCAUUCCCUAGUCGCAACUACACGCACGAAGUAGUGACUCUCUGGUACAGGCCACCGGAGGUAUCUGCCACCUUUUUUGCUACUUAUCAAUUCUCGUAAUUUCAGAUUCUUCUCGGCUCGCAACGCUACUCGACGUCACUCGAUAUGUGGUCUCUCGGAUGUAUCUUUGCAGAAAUCGCGUCCGCGAAGCCGCUGUUUCCGGGAGAAUGCGAGAUAUCUCAGCUUUUCAAGAUUUUCGAGAUUGUAGGCACGCCUAGUGACAGGGUAAUCCUUCAUCGUCAAAUGAAAAUCCAAUAGGAUCCUUCUGUUUUUUUUCAGAAUUGGCCAGGCGUCGUCGAACUUCCGCACUACAAGGCCGUCUUUCCAAAGUGGUCCUUCGAUUUGAACAAGCUGGAAGAGAUGUCCAACCUGACUGGCCAUGGCCUUGAUGUCUUGCGUGAGAUCAUUCGGUAUCCACCGGAACGCCGUCUCACUGCAAAAGGAGCACUAUCGCAUCGUUACUUUCUGCAGAACGGAUUUACGCAAAAUAGGCCAACAGUAACCGACCUAUUGAAGGAGUUAUGUGGAGACAGCAGGGCGAGUUACGACGGAAUCUUGUGAUAUAAAGAGAUUCAUAUUUCAGACAUCAUCUUCGGGGAGCAAUCAGGAAGAUGACAUUUUCUAG